AGGCGCGCUCCCAGCCACCGCCCGCCGCCAGUGCCUUUUUUUCCCUCUAUACAAUACAAGAUCUUCCUUCCUCAGUUCCCUUAAAUCGCAGCCCAGGGAAGCCUCCUGAGAGCCUUCAUCCAGCCACCGGCCAGCAUGUCUGGGGGCAAAUACGUAGAUUCCGAGGGACAUCUCUAUACCGCUCCCAUCCGGGAACAGGGCAACAUCUACAAGCCCAACAACAGGGACAUGGCAGAGGAGAUGCACGAGAAGCAAGUGUACGACGCACACACCAAGGAGAUCGACCUGGUCAAUCGCGACCCCAAGCAUCUCAACGACGACGUGGUCAAGAUUGAUUUUGAAGAUGUGAUUGCAGAACCAGAAGGGACACACAGUUUCGAUGGCAUCUGGAAGGCCAGCUUCACCACCUUCACUGUGACAAAAUACUGGUUUUAUCGCUUGCUGUCUGCCCUCUUCGGCAUCCCGAUGGCGCUCAUCUGGGGCAUUUACUUCGCCAUUCUCUCUUUCCUGCACAUCUGGGCAGUCGUACCAUGCAUUAAGAGUUUCCUGAUUGAGAUCCAGUGCAUCAGCCGUGUCUAUUCCAUCUACGUCCACACCUUCUGUGACCCGCUCUUUGAGGCCAUUGGCAAAAUAUUCAGCAGUAUCCGCAUCAACAUGCAGAAAGAAAUAUAAGUGACAUUUCAAGGAAAGAAGUAUACCUAUCUUUUUUUUUUGUUUGUUUUUCUUUUAAUUUUCUUGGUGCCAAUUUCAGGUUUCAAGUUGCUAGUACAGCAACAAUUUAUGAAUGAAUAUCUGGGUUCAGAACAAAGAAAUCACUUUCUCUGAUUUCAUAACUAUUAUUUGUCUCUUCUGAGCUAUUUCAUCUAUUUUUUUGGCUGCCUGAAUUUUUAAAAAUUCAUUUAUAUUUUUUCCCUGCCUUUUCAUUUGCAUGUGGAGUAUUUUGUCGGCUGAGAUACGGACAUACUGUUGAAAGAUAAGUUGAGAGAAAUAUGAAGAACUGAGGAGAAAACAAAACAAAACAAACCUCAACUGCCUACUCUAAGAUGUUGAUCAUUUUAUAAGAGAAGACUCUUAGGCUACGGCCACUGGGUACAGAGGUAUGUGGGCAGAUUUUAAGCAAACUCUUCACUCACCAUCUGAAGAGUUAGUGGAUUGCUGCCAUUCACUAUAACGAUCCACUGGGAUCUAAUGAUCCUUGUCAAGUUAGCAAACAAUUUUCUGCAUUCACUUGAUCCGACUAAUGCCUUACCCUUCUUGAAAGCUUAACCUAUGAUACUCUCUGUGCCUGAAUAUUUGUUAUACAGAUAAAAAGGACCCAAGUGCCUUCUUGUUUCUCACAUUUGCCUUUUCAAAUGCGGUCUAACUCAUCAACUUUCAUUAGGUCAGCAGCCUUCCUGAAAACCAAAGUUACAAAUCCCAUUGCCUAGUUCUCCAAGCUUGUGUCUGACUCUGAGAUACAGAGUCUAGUGAAGCGCAUUUCUGUGCCUGGUCAUGCAGCAUCUUGAUCCAUAUCAAAUAUGGUCCACAAUAUCACCACAAAAUGAAUUACGGUAGGCGAAUGGGGUUGAGCCCUCUCUGGGCUGGCUAGGGUAGAAGCCAACUUCCCCUCCCUCUCAUCAGCUGAAUGAGAUCAGCAUGUCUAUUCAGCUUCGUUUGUUUUCAAGAAUAAUCACCCUUUCCGGAAUCCAAACUAAUCCAUCACCGGGGUGGUUUAGUGGCUCAACAUUGUGUUCCCUUUUUCAGCUGAUCAGCGGGCCUCCGGGGAAGGGCUGUCAAAAUGGAGGCCAUUGUGUGAGACUGUCAGUUGUUGCAAAUGUAACCCUUUCAAAGUAAAGCACUUGUAACCCAUCUGUUAUGCUGUGACACACGGCCCCUCCCCCACCAGGAGCUUUGGACCUAAUCCAAACAUCAUUUUGCUCAGAGAGAAAGAAGAUGGGGGAGGAGACAGUCAUAAAAGAUUAAGGUAAUUUUUGCUGGAAUAAGUUCAAAUUCUUCUAAACUCAAACUGAGGAAUUUUACCUGUUAACCUGAGUCAUAUAGAAAGCUGCCUGGUACAUUCAAAAGCUUUUUAUUCCUUCUGUUAGUAUUGUGAUUCUGCCCUUGGGGAUUAUUUUUUUAACCUUCAGUUAUGCAUUUUUUUUUUUUUUUUAUUUGAACUCUGCUGAAUUUUUUGGCUUCUUUCAUUUUUCCUGGCACUUUAAUUAUCAACCCUUACCUACUUUUAAUUUUUUGCAUUAAGACAGACACUGGCAUGGACAUAGUUUUACGUUUAAACUGUGUACAUAAGUGAAAAUGUACUAUAUUACAUACUUUUUAAAAGUAAAGAUAUUUUUAUCUUUAGAGGAAGAAAAUCACUUUGGAAAUUGCUUGAUUCAAUCUGUAAACUGUGUAUCCUAAGACAUGUCUGUUCCACAUAGAUGCUUAGUCCCUCAUGCAAAUCAACCGCUGGCCCAAAAGACAGCUGAGAUUUUAUAGGCUUACUGAUAUAUUUUUCACCUUUUUUUCAUCCUGCAUGUCCCGUAAAGAUUACAAGUCUGCACAAUAAAAAUGUUUAACAGUU